CGCAAUUCAUAUUUACCUAGUUUGUUUACAAUCUGUCAAUUGACUUCAUUUUUGACACAGAAAUGGGAUACUGCCUUUCAUGCUUUGAAGGAAGAGAUGUGGAUCAGCCAACGCCGGAGACGCGGCGGCGGCAGAUGGUUGCGGCAGCGGAGCAGCGACAGAAGGCUAAUGAGAGUCGAGGACUCAAAGACCCGGAAGGUUUCAAGAUGAAACAGAAACGGAAGGCGGAAGCGGAGAAACUGGCGGACCAGCCACAUGGGGACACGAACCUUAAGUGGCAAGUGAGCUAGCAGGAAUCGAAGAAAGUCUUCAUCAUCACCUUGCUCAGCACCAAUCUGUCAUCAACGGAGUGAAUAACAUCGUCAUAUUUGCAUUGAUGUCAUGUCUACGCUCUUGCAAUUUCUUGUCAUUAAUCAUUGAAUGUUUUACGUCUUUGUAAACCGUGAGUGUGGCCUUUUUCUUGGUAGAGUCUGUAGAACAGUGAAAAAACCCAUCUCGCUCACAUUGAGGAGCAGGAAAUGCUCAAGAUGAGCUUUGGUGAUGACCUUUUUUCUAUCACCGUCCGUCGUCGUCAACUUUGCAAUUGCUUUUCAAAAUAAAGUUCGACCAAACUUCACAGGAAUAAUAUUUAGGCAUUCCGCUGUCACUGUGCUCACAAGAAUAGUAUUCCGGCAGAACUGCCAUGACAACAUAAUCUCUGACAGGAAAAAACAACACUUUUAUGUAAAUUAUUUUCAACAAACUAUGACCUGAGUUUUAAAUUAUCUUAGGAAUGUGACAUUGUAUGAACCUCUUUAUGGAGUAUGCCUUAAACAGUAAUGUUUGACUUGUGGUUUUCUACCAUUUUUGUCAAAGUCUUGAUAGGGCAUGGAACUCGGGUAAGCGUUGAGGCCAAUCUUGUUGCUAAUAUUCUCAGCAUUGUAAACUGUUUGUAUACAUGGAAUCACCAAAUCAUUUAUGUCGUCCUGUUAAUUUGUUAUUUAUAAAUUUAUUUAUAAAUGUGUAUUUUAAUCAUUA